UUUUGAGAUGUCUGGCUUGGAAGUAAACAUGACUGGAGCUUACUGCAGUGCGUGGUGGGGAGGCUAAGUCUGGGGCUGGAGGCUGGGAAGGAAGCGGUCCUCUCCCCAUUAGUUAUUGAGAGGUGCCAUCUAGUGGUCAAGUAGGUGCAGCCUCUGUCAGUUUACCUCCCAGCCUCCUUGGGUCACCUGACGCAGGGACAUGGCUCCUCCAGCAUGCCCUUCUAUGAGUUCCCCUUGGGAGGGCGGUAGGGUCUUCCUGAGGUUUUAAUAAGCCAUGAACAGAAGAACAUCAGCCGUGUCUCCUGCAAUCUUUUUGCAUUAAACCAGAAUGUGUCUCAAUCCUGAGCAAUCAACAUAUGGCAAUUAAGAAAUGCCAGGAUUCCUCUAAACCACACAGGGAAAGGGGACUGUCUGAUGCAUUUUCAGUUUGUUGGGAGGAGAUAAAUGGCUUUAUUAGCUGGAGGAGGCUUCUCGGACUAUUUCAUAACCGUGGGUCAGGAGGUGAGGCUUGGGCUGGCUGGAUUGCAGCCUCGGGGCUGCUGUGGAUCCCCAAAUGCUGACACACAGAAGGGGCUGAAGAGUGUUUCUCUAAACUUGAGAGGAGGCGGCUAUUUACUUAAUUUGUAUGAGUUUUAAGGGAAGGACAUUACUCAUUCUCAUUUGCACUUAAGCAAAUAUCAGGAUAAUAUCUAGGCAGUACCUGUUACAUAACUAUUAAUUGGUAAAAAUAAAUACAAAAGAUAAAACCCAUGACUGGCAGGGCCACAGGAAAACUACACACCCACGCACACACAGAGCACUGGAGAAAAUACGUGCUGAUACAGUCUUCUUGGAGAAUGAUUUGAAGAAAAAAAAGUCACAGGCCGGGACCCUCUGCACCCUGCCCGGCUUUGCCCACCAGGAGCCAGCAGGAGGGCCGCUGAUGCAAGACAGGCAGACUUGCCUCCCUUGUGAGGAACCGGUGGGGUCUGCGGCUGGGGUUGCUCCGUGAUCUGUCAUAAGUCAGGAGUUACGCAGCGGGCAGGGAAGGCCUUUCACCCAUUCUGCUAUUCUGUUUGCUUAUUAACUAAAUGCUACCCUGCUUUGUCUGUGACAACAUUUCACAUGAUGGAGUCCUGUCAUGCCUCCGGUGGAGCUACUGUUCUCUACUGAAACAUGAGGACUCUUCCUCAAAACUCUGGGAGAGUAACAUUUGGAUGGAAAUACUCUGACACCCAUUGAAUGUCUCCCUCUGAAAUGCUUCUUUUGAGGCGUGCCAAGAAGCCCAUCCUGGUAGGAGACGUCAUGAAGCUGCUCUGCUCCAUCUCUGAGGAGAGGAAGAUGAAGGCGGCCAUCAAGCACUCUGGGAAGGGCGCCCUGGUCACAGGGGCCAUGGCCUUCGCCGGGGGCAUGGUUGGAGGCCCACCUGGAAUAGCUGUUGGAGCGGUCUUCGGGGGUCUGUUACGUGCAUGGAUGACAAGCCACCAGUUUAAGCCAAUUUCACAGAUCAUAAUGGAGCUGCCGCCUGUCGAGCAACGGAAGCUCUUUAAUCAAGUCACCACCAUCAUCGGGCACCUUGAUUGGAUGGACGCUGAGCAGCUGACCACGCUGGUCAUGGGCAGUAAGGCCCUGAAGCAGCAGCUGCUGGCCAUGCUGGAGAAGUAUGUCAAUAGGCAGCUCAAAGUCAAAGUCCAGUACGAUGACUAGGUCGUUCCUCCUGGGAUGCGGGAGUCUCAGGCACAUGAUGCAGACUCACAGAAGGGGACCGGGGGUUGGGAAAGCCUCACAUCAGUGUAUUACCUUAGAUGGAAUGAAAGCUGCCGGAGAGGCUACUGCUGUG